AACGGCCAAGAGUAUCUACAAGCAGUCUGUUUACGGCAUCAGAUAUACAGCAUCCGUUAUAAGUUUUCAGGCGUGGGGGCUUUUCAGACGCGCGAAUUUCAGCAGAUUUUUUAUUUAAAUCAGUUUGCGCAUUUUUUCCACGCGAAAACCAGAGAAAAAAAACCGAAAGUGAGUUUUUUCCUUUUUUUAUUGACUAAUUAAAUCGUACGGGUUUUGUGAACAGGAUAAACUUUUUGAGAACUUUUCAACUACUUGUUGAUAUCCGAUUUGUUUGGUGGGCGGUUUUUUUUCUGAGGAAAACAAAAAACAAAUGAGUCAGCGAUCGUCGCACCCAGAACAGCGCGUGAGCGGCACUAGGAGGGCAGCGGUGUGGUGUCUGGCCAUCGCGUUGGUGGUCCAGAGCGCACGUGCGGGCACCCCUUGGAGAAGAGGAGAUCCGCUACUGAGCCAUCACCUCUCCAAGAGGUCCUUCUUCAACAUACAGUGCAAGGGCGUCUACGACAAAGGCAUCUUCGCCAAACUGGACCGUAUCUGCGAAGACUGUUACAAUCUGUUUAGAGAGCCUCAAGUGCAUUCGUUGUGCAUGACAAACUGUUUCACCUCGGGAUAUUUCAAGGGGUGUCUGGAAACGUUACAAUUGACAGACGGCGACGAGAUGGAACAGGUGAAGGACUGGAUAAAACAAAUACACCGGGCACCUCCCGACGAUGAGGUAUAAGCCUUGGCGAUGAUUUCAACGUCCCAAUGUUUCACAACUGAGUAUUUCAAAGGUUGCGUCGAGUCUCUACUGAUGACGGAGGACAUGCCCACCUACCGCAAAAUGAUCGAGUACUUGGCAAAAUAAACAUCGACACGCGAUAUCGACUACAUAUCGAUAUCGAUACCCGAUCACCGUAGAGCGCAAACACCUUUGUGUCCUAUUAUUCUAGUCCAAAAAAUCACCAUUAGACAAAUAAUUGUAUUAAUUUUUAGUGUAGGUAUUUUGACAGAAUUAUGAACAAACAUUUUUGCCCUUUUUUUUCUCUUUUAUUUUGUUCUACUUCUUUUGGUCUAAAUUAUUAUUUAUUUAUUUAUUUAUAUGUAGUAUUUAUGUCAAUGUCAUGAAAGCCUUUAAAUUUCUUUAAAACGACCAAAAUGAGUAUAACAUGGUUUCAUCACACACAUCUCAUUUUAAGUAUUAAUUAAUUUUCUUCAGGUAUAUAUUUAUUUUUCGCAUUUAUUCGAUUGUUAAACUGCUUUGAAAGGCUGGAUGGAUAAAGCCGUCUAACAAUCCUUCAUAAUUUUUUUUACGUAGUCUUCUCUGUAACAACAUAAGUUUUAUUUAUUAUUAUAAUGUUGAGAUUAUUUUUUAAUGAUUAUUGAGUACUGCAUAGCAAAAUAUGGUUGGUAUUAUAUAAAGUAGCAAGUGAACAGUACAAAAACCAACCUCUUUUUUGCUAUGCAGAACUUCUAGAGACAUUCCUUUAUCAGUAUUUUAAGAGGUUGUCAUUGAACGAAACAAAUCGGUGCCUAUAUUUGACAAUUUUUACAAUGGAGUGUGUAAUAGAUUUUGUAAUAUGAAUGUAAUUCACUUUUUGUUGUUCUGUAAUUUAGGUGUGAGUCUUUUGUGUAUAGGCCGAACUGUUUUGGAGACGGCCUCUAAACGCGUUUUAGUUUUUAUUGUUUGUAUUAUACCAGUUAUGUAUUAAAAGUUCAUCUAAAUUAUUAUUCUACGAUAAAUUAUGGUUAUUGUAAAAUGACAGCUUCAUUGGAAAAUAUAGAAAAUAAACAAAAAAAAAUAUCUUUUUGAAAGAAUA